GCAGUUCGUUCGACCCUGGAAAGCCAGUGGGAAACUCGCCCAAAUUUCCAGCCUUCGGUAUUAUUAUAUUGAUUUUUUCAAGAAACUGAAUUCCUAACCCGUUUUCUGGCUUUGGUUUCGCGUAAAAAAUCCGACAACGGAAUCGGGCGGUGCGUGCGCGAGCCCUGUCCCUCAAACAUAAAAUCGGUUUUGUGUUUAAAAUUGGAUACAAAUUAAUUUUUUGGCGGACCUCCUCAAGCAAAAAAAAAAAAUCCAGCCGGUCCAAUCCGAAACCCACCAUUCAUUACUCACUUCACUUUGGCCAGUAAGGCGAGCGCACCACCGAUCUGAGUCCGUGCAAUGAGAACUUGAAACCUUAUUUGUUUCACGAAGAAAACCACAGAAACAUUUAAAAAGUCGUAACCAUCUUCCAAGAAAUUUUGACGCUACAAAACAUCGUUUUCCAUAAGGAAUUUAAGACUUGAAUUGGUUUAUUUUCAGAAUUUUCACGUUGGUCGGAUAAAUGUCGGGCUUUGGAAGAAGGAAGCAGCGUUGACAGCUGACCAGGAUAGAGAAAGGCUAAUUGACUCUCCUCUAUGGUGAUCCAAGAGUUUCCAUCAGGUACCAGUAGCGCCGCAAAAGUUUCAAUGGCGGCCUUCAGUACGAACGGUCCAAUGGUGUCCGUGCAGGGCACAGUACCGGAUUUUUACAAUGGAAAAACCGUUUUUAUUACCGGCGGCACUGGGUUUAUGGGCAAGGUUUUACUGGAAAAAUUACUUAGAAGUUGCCCGGGAGUGUUGAAAAUUUACUUAUUAAUCAGACCUAAAAGGGGACAAGAUGCACAGGAAAGGCUUCAGCAACUUUUGUGUUCACCGCUAUUUGACCUCCUCCGUAAAGACCGGCCCAACGAUCUGUCCAAAGUCCUACCGAUCGAGGGCGACAUCACUCAGCCCGAACUCGCCAUCAGUAAAAAUGACAUUGCGCUGCUCUCGCGAACUGUCAACGUAGUCUUUCACAGCGCCGCCACAGUCAAAUUUGACGAAAAACUGAAACUAUCGGUGACGAUAAACAUGCUCGGCACUCAACGGCUGGUCGAACUUUGCAAACGGAUGUCCAAUCUUGAAGCAUUGAUCCACGUCUCUACCGCCUACUGCAACUGCGACAGAUCCGAAGUGAAAGAAACAAUCUAUCCGCCGUCGAUCGGUCCCGACGAAAUCGUAUCUCUCGUAGAAGCCCUGGACGAAGACUUGGUAGACUCUCUGACCCCAAAAUUAGUAGGAAACCGGCCCAACACUUAUACAUUCACCAAAGCCCUGGCCGAAUGCUGGCUGAAAGACAACAAAGGCGAUCUGCCUCUGGUCAUAGUCCGGCCCAGUAUAGUUUUAAGUAGUAUGGACGGCCCCUUGAAAGGAUGGGUGGACAAUUGGAACGGACCGACCGGCAUCAUCGCGGCGGCCGGAAAAGGACUUUUUCGCACCAUGUUGUGCGACAAAACGAAGAAGGCCGAUCUGGUACCCGUCGAUACUGUUAUCAAUUUAAUGAUUGUGUCCGCUUGGCGGAUAGCUUCGUGUAAAACGAAAGAGAUACCAAUUUAUAAUUGUGUUACGGGUCAAAGAAAGCCAAUUAAAUGGAACACCUUCAUCGAGAUCUGUUUCAAAUACUUAAGAAUCCACCCUCUGUCGGACAUCAACUGGUACCCGGAUGGUUCCGUGACGGCCUCCAGAUCUGUUAAUUUUUUCAAAAGAUAUUUAUUCCAUUGGUUACCUGCCUACCUCAUAGAUUCGGUUGUCUGGGUUACUGGCGGCAAACCUAUUUUGCUUAAAGUCCAAAACAAACUUAACAAAGCGGCGAAUUGUCUCGAAUACUUUACGACGCAAGAAUGGGAAUUCGAUGACGAAAACGUCCGCUCGCUGAGUCUGACUUUAACAGAAUCCGACAAAACAGAGUUUUGCUUUGAUGUGGCGAAAAUCGACUGGGAGAAGUAUUUAGAAAAUUACGUUUUAGGUAUUAGAAGGUUUAUCUUUAAGGAAGACACCUCUUCGAUUCCCAAAGCCCAAAGACAAAUUUCAAAGUUGUACAUUUUUCAUCGGCUUCUACAAAUUGUUAGCGUUAUGAUUGCGUGGCACUUUUUAGCACUCAGGUACGCCCCCUUGCGGCGAUUGUGGUCAAACGCACUCCGGUUACUGCUGCACCUAGCUAGUAUGCUGCCAUUUAUGUAAAAAUAAGUUAAAACAUUUAUUUGUCAAGUUAUAAAAUUGUACGAUUGGAAUAAUCGAGAACUUUGUUAAUGGAAAAUGUGGUUUUUUGUAUGUGAAACCAAAAUAUUUAUUGCUUAUUCGUUGCAAAAACGUGUCUACAAAAAACCCUCCACAAAGUUCUAGUUUUUGGACAAAAAUAACAUUAUUUUCACUGGACGCAAUAGGAUUUGUGCUCAAUUUUAGCAAAAAGUGGCUCGAUUAGUGUCUUAAAGCUCAAGCGCAUGCAUUUUUAUUCAAUCAUAACUACAAAAAAAUGGUCCUAUUGCGUUGAAGUGAUCGCUAAUUUUUUGGGAAAUUCAAAUAUUGAAACGUUGCUAUUUUUUUCCUAUUAAAUAAAAGUCUUCUGAGAUAUUUUUAGCGUGCUUCCAAUUAAUUGGCUUCCUUGAAAGCUAAAUUUAAACGCACAAAAUAUACCUAUAAGAGGGUCAAAGUUGGAUGUUUUGAUGAAGCAAAUCGAACAUCUGCUCAAUACCCUUUUUUCGGGAUUAGAGGCCAAAAAAAAAGUUAAUUUUAUGAUUUAAUAUGUUUGAUGAGGGUCAAAAUUGUAAUAUUCUUGCAAAAUUUCUCAUCCUAAGUUAAGGAAAGAAAUCUCAGUCGUGUAAUGUAAUUUUGAAAGAUGUUAGGAGAUCAAAGACAACUACCACAGGCAUUGAAAAAAAAGCUUCCAAUGCUCUAGAAGAUCUUCCUAGGAUAUUUUAAAGCAAAUUUCUGGAAAUGUCUACGGACUAUUGGAGGAGUAUUUCUAGGGACGCUAAAAAAUAACUUCUAAUGACAUUCAAAGGUGAAUUUUCAGGGAAAUUCCUCCAAAAAGAACAUUUAAGAUAAUUCCUAGGGCCUAAAAAAAAUCAUGCAACUCUUUAGAAGAUUUAAAAAAAAAAAAAACUGCGAAAUUUAUUAAGAAGCACAAGUGCAAUGAAAGUGAAAAUAUGGUAUUAACAAAAUCUGUUUCUCAAGCUUGUUUUUUGCCUCUGCAAACUAUGGAGGACUAGAGAGUUUUCUGAAUAAUUAGCUAUAAAUGAAUUACAAAUAUCACUGUCUCCUGAUUGUUUUGGAUUCAUUCCAUUCAGUAUUGUGUAUUUAUCAAUUUAUUUUUCUCAUUCUAUAAUAGAGAUAAAUAGUAACGUUUCUGCAUGCUUACUUUUAAAAAAAUAUAUAUAUUUGUAUUGUUACAAUAUUGGCUUUGUUUUUAGGUGAUUUAUUGAUAUAAAUGUCGAUUUUAUAUAGAGUUUCGUUUUUUGGAAAUCGCUCAUUCCAAGCUGGUUUAAUGUGUUUCGGUUGCUCCAUAUUUUUUUUUUUUUUUUUGGGAAAUUGACUACAUAAUUGCAUUCUCUGAGUCAAUUUCCUCAAAACAAAAUAAAUAAAGGAAGAAGUUUUUUUUACCAUUUUUAGUUGAAGGAGUAUUUUUCUGUUCCUAAACGCAGUUUUAUUGUCUAUUUUGUUCAAUAAUUCCGUAAGUCUCAAGUGUUCGUUAAAUAUAUAACAAAAUAUAUAAAAAGAUUUAGAAGUGCUGUGCACAGAAAACUUGUAUAAAAAAAAACGCAUUUAUGCUAAAUAAGUCUUUUUUGUGGGUUUUUAAUUUUUCGACAUUUCCCUUGCAAAAUACUGUAUGGCAAAUUGUCAAAUAAUGCUAUAUUGAUAAACUUUUAAGCAAAUCCAAGGAAAUGUUGAAAAAGUGACCCAAAUUUUUUUUAUUGUGCUGACUCUAGGGGCGGUUCUAUAAUAAUAAAUAGAUGUUUUUUAAAUAUUUUAAAACCGAAUCAGAUUAUUUCUUUGAUUUCAAGCGUCAUAAUUUAAUAAAAAUAUCGCUGCUGUGCUGUUUUAUAAUCGAAUUUCAAAUUAUCUGAUACGGUGCUGUAGCCUUGAUUGAUGUCAGAUUAGAUAAAAUAAUUAAAUUGGAUUUUUGUUUUCAAUAGUAAUAUAACUAGUGCAAUGGAAAUUAUUGAUAAUUUUUGGAAAAUUUGCCCGAAUGCAUUUUUAGUUGAAAAAGAGCACGAGUGCACGUAGUGCACGCGUUUGUGCUAAUUUGUCGAAAAUUAUAAAUAUAUUUCCAUUGCACGAGUUGUAUUUAAUGAGAGAAUUUCAUAAAUCAAAAAUUUAAAUUUUUUGUCAAAAAAUGUCAAAACACCAGUUUUCGCACCAGUUAGUAUGCAAUUAUCUGAUAAUUUGCACUAGUGCAAAUUAUCGCGUAAUUACAAUCUGAUUGGUUCAAAUCAACAAUCAAAUAUGUCAAUUUAUUGUUGGAAUACCAGUUUUGACAGAUGUAUGAAAUUCUCGAAUGUAAUACCACAAGAGGUUUCAGGAUUACCGGAUAAUACUUUUACCUGUCACGAAACGCGUUACGCAGUAACACCACGACUCCGAAGGAGGAGUGGUGUUGCUGGUAACGCGUUGAGUGUCCGGUAAAAGUAUUAGGUAAUCCAGAAACAUUGAGUGGUAUUCAAAAGGUUAUACAACGAACUAAACUUUAAUUCUUUAAUAAUUAAUGAUUUCAUGAAUCAAAAAUUUAAUUUAAAUUUUUUGUCAAAAAAUGUCAAAACACCAGUUACCGUGCAAAAGGAUUAUCACUUCUUAAGCCUCUCCUGUCAUAUGGGAAGGAUUAUCACUUGUUAAUCCUCUCGUGUCAUAUGGGAAUAAUGUACAGUGAGUUGUAUAAUCAUAAUAAUUUCUCUAAUUUGACAUAAAGGCGCAAAUUAUUUACUAGGGGAUGAUAGAAAAUGCGUGCGUUUCUCCCUCGGUAGUAUAAUUUAUUUUUACCAUUUAUACUAGUCUUAUAAAUAGCCAGAUGAUACAAAAAAAGCGGGGAGUAAAAAAAGUGCUUGAUUUUUUUUUUAAAUAAAUUAUUAUUUAUAUAUUUAGUGUCUUAAGUAUAGUAUAACAGUGGUACCGUUAUACUCGGUAAAAAUUUGUUGACGAGUAACCAAAAAAGGGGAAUAUUUGCCAAAUUAAUUCACUGUUUUUUAUCUAAAAAAAAAAAUAUUGAUAUAGAAGCAAAUCUAGGAUUAAAUUUUAACAAAAACCUAAAUGGGUGAUUGGUAAUGGUUGUUGCUUCAUUAAAACCAUUUUAAUAUUAUUAUGUAUUUUGUAGUUUUCAUUCAUUUUUUAAGUUGAUAUAAUUUAUUUUAUACAUUUUACCGUUGUUGCUGAAACAUGAUUUUUAUUUAUAUUUAACUUAAUGACAAACUGAUUGUACGUUUCUUGCAGAAAUAAAAUUAGAUAUUGUUUAAAUAA